AUGGCAUUUUGCAAACCAUCUUUUUCUGGAUCUGGCUCUUCUGCCGAAGACGUGUAUAGUGCAGCACAAUCGGGUUUAAAGUCAGUAUCAAAUUAUAAUGUCAAAAACAGGGAAGGCUACACAGCGUUAAUGCUGGCUGUAGAACGAGACAACCUCCAAGUUCUGAGAGCUCUACUUGAAGCUGGCGCUGAUGUAAAUGUCAGCAGAUCUUCUGAUGGCAGCUACACAGCUUUGUCUCUUGCUGUUGACAAGGGGCACACAACUGCUGUACGAGAACUGCUUCAACAUGGCGCUUUCCUUUCUUGCGAGAAGGGCAUUGAGGCUUUAGAUUUGGCCAGAGAAAAUGGUUUUUUGGAUGCUGUAGUCAGGGGAGAGGAGUUGCUAAUUAAACAAAAUAAGGAAAUAAUUAUGGAUGGAAAAACUGGAGUUUUUCAGGCAUUUAAAAAUAAUCGAAUAGAUUUAGUUCAGGAUCUGGUUACAGCAGGAAGUAAUAUUUCGCUAAUACACGAAUCUACAUACACUUUUAGAAACAAUAACAAGGUUUUACUGCAGCAGUUGAUAGAUAACGGAAUUGACAUCAACAUUGUUUUCAAAGAAAGAACUGCAUUAAUUAUGGCAAUCUUUUUCGACAGUCCAACAUGUGUAGACAUUUUACUUAAAUCAAAUGUUAAAGUAAAUUUUGUCAACAAAAAUAAAUUGACGCCAUUGCAUAUCGCAGCACGUAAAAACGAACUAAUUGUGAAGUUACUGGUAAAUGCUGGUGCUGAAGUCAACGCCGAAACAUGUGAAGGUGAAACACCUCUACAUUUGGCAGCUAGCAUGGGUGAUAUUCAAACAAUUCAACAUCUUGUGACAGCUGGUGGAUCGGUCAACUGCAUCAAUAACGAUGGAGAUUCUGUACUAAUGAAGGCUACAAAAAGAUCUUCAAAUGUCCAAGAAAUAUCUAUAUGGAGACGAAAACGAGAAAUAACCAAUCUACUCUUAAUUAAGGGCGCCGAUGUUAAUUUUAUAUUUAAUGGAGAAAUUCCACUGUUAAUUAUGGCCGUACAAUUAGGAGAUGUUGAACUUGUAAAAACAAUGCUGGAAAUGGGAGCUGAUGUUAAUUUUAUGCUUAAUGGAGAAGUUCAACUGUUACUUAUGGCCAUAAAAUUAGGAGGUGUUGAACUUGUAAAAACAAUGCUGGAAAUGGGAGCUGAUGUUAAUUUUAUGUUUAAUGGGGAAGUUUCACUGUUAAAUAUGGCCGUACAAUUGGGAAAUGUUGAACUUGUAAAAACACUGCUGGAAAUGGGAGCUGAUGUAACUAAAGCUGAUAUUAAUGGGAAUACACCACUACAUGUUGCUGUUGAUGAAAUAAAAUUUAGUCAAUCGUGGAAGUCUUGUUUGAAAAACAUAGACCAUUUUUUAUGUGUUUACAGUAAAGAAGGUGUUAAGCUACACUUAACUCCGCAGAAUUAUUUAACAAUAGAAGAAAUAAUUCAAUACGAUUUUCCUAGUCUGGAAAUGGAGAAAUGUUGUGACCUUGUAAAGAUUUUAAUCAAAGCUGGCGCAGAUGUUAAGAUAUCAAGUGCAUCUGGAAUGCAACCAAUCGUGAAUAUUUUAGACUUUGACAGCCCAGAAUUAGUAGAAUUAUUUUUAGAACACGGAGCAGAUGUAAAUAGUUGCGAUUCUAAAGGCCGUUCUAUUUUGUCUCUCGCAAUAUGGAACCAAAAAGAAGAAAUCGCUAAUCUACUGGUAUUAAAAGGAGCUGAUGUUAAUUUUAUGUUUGUUAAACAGUUACCUGUUUUAGCUAUGGCAGUACGGUUAGGUUACGUUGAACUUGUCCAAAAAAUGCUAGAAAGGGGAGCUGAUGUAACAAAAACUGACAACAACGGGAACACACCUGUACACAAUAUUUUAUUUAAUCAAACUUCAAAGUCGUUUGAUAUCAGUCACUCCACGUGUACUUGUAGCAAAGAGUAUGAUACUAUAGCAAUAAAACGACUCGUACAUUUAGAAUCAUUUGAAAAUGUACAAAAAGACCACAUAUGUAUUGCUACACGUUUAGAGAUAGUAAAAGUUCUAAUCCAAGCAGGCUCUAAUAUAAACCAAGUAAAUAAUAAACUACAGAGCCCAUUGCAUAUAGCAAUAGAGCAAAACAUUUUUGUUACAGACAAAUAUACUGAAUAUGUAAAAAUGCAAAUAGCUGGCAAUGACCAGGAAGGCACAUUUAAUCAGCCGUUUUUUGUAUGCUCAGAAAACUGUAUAAGAAAUCAUUUUGCGUUCAACCCAAGUAACAAAUGUUUCACUGUAACAAUAGAAAGAUACACAUAUUUACAAUCACUUGAAUGUAACCCACACAAAGAGGCUAUUAAUAUUAAGACGCUUCUUAAAAUUUUAAAGAUACUUCUUAAAAGAGGUUGCAAUGUGAACCAAGUAAACAAUGACCUAGAGAGUCCAUUGUGCUUGGCCAUACGACACAAAGAGCUAGUAGAACUGCUUAUUGAAUCUAAAGCAGACGUCAAUUUGACAGGUCGAAAUAAACAGACAGCAUUACAUUUGGCAGCCAGUGGACCGGAGGAAAUUGUCAAAAUGUUGAUAGAUGCUGGGGCUGAUGUUAAUGCUGAAAUACAGGAAACAGAUGCAACAGAUGAAUCUGAAACUGACAUUAAAUUCUUUGGAAAAGAAAGCCAAGGUAUUUUGAGUAAUGAAAGUAGUGUAUAUACUAGCUUUAUGUCUGAGGGUAUUGAUGAUGAAUCCCUAACAGAUUUCCCAGCUCUACAAUAUAGAUAUAACAGGAAACGUCCAUUCAAAGACAUUGGUCCAACAAAUACUAUAGCAUUCCAGUAUGGUGAGACUCCUCUGCAUAUUGCAGCUAGAAGUGGCGAAAUCGACUCCUUAAAACAUUUAAUUACAGCGGGUGCUUCAGUCAAUGCUCUAGAUAAAAAAGGAAUCUCUGUGUUGUCAAAAGCAAUAGAAAGCAAAAGUAUUGAAAAGAUCAAAUAUCUUGUAGAAGUCGGUGCUAACGUUAAUGUACCAAAUAAAGAUGGUGUCUUACCAAUUGUUGACAUAUUGCAAUUUGACAGUGUUGAACUAAUUAAACUGUUUGUAAAUCAUGGAGCAGAUCUAACAGCUUGUGAUAAAAAAAACAAUACUCUUUUGACGGUUGCCUUAAAAAGAAAUUGUAAAAAUAUAGCAUUGUUUCUAGUUGAAAAUGGCGCUGAUGUUAAUGUGUUGAUUGAUGGACAUGUUCCUGCUUUAUCAAUGGCCGUUAUGUUAGAUGAUGUGGAACUUGUAAAAAAGAUGGUUUCACAUAGAGCUGAUGUAAAUAAAGCUGAUAGAUAUGGAAACACAGCAUUACAUGUCGCUCUUUCUUUUGAGUAUGCUGAAGUGACGUCUGUUGAAUAUAUGCCUCGUUUUUUCCUUCAGGAAGAUCAAUAUUUAGAUUCAAUAAAGGGAAAACCUUCUAUGCGAUUUCUUGAUGAGAAACUUAUGAUUAACCGUUGUGAACUUGUUGAGAUUCUGAUUGAAGCUGGGGCUAAUGUAAACCAAACAAAUUAUUUUGUAGAGAGCCCUUUACACAUAGCCGCUAAGGUUGAUAACCUACUUAAAAACAAAUCUGACACUGGUGAUCAUAGCAAAUAUGAUGAAAUUCUGACAACGUUAAUAAAUCAUGGUGCUGAAGUGAGUGCUUCAAUUCUUUAUUAUUGUUUAUCAAAUGAACAGUUUGACCAAGCUGGACGUUUAUUAAACAUCAGUACGUGUCAUUUAGUAGACAAAACAUUUAGAAAUCUAUUGUCUAAUAUUGUGUUAUCACAAGUUUGGAGCAUUUUCAAAACUAGACAUUUUGAAAUUUUACAAAUGCUUGUGUACAAUGGAAUAGUGUUAAGAAGUAAAACAUAUGGAAGUGUUUCAGGGAAAACAAUCUCAUUAACCAGCCUAAUGCUAGCGAUAAUAUAUAGACUUGUUGAUUUAGCAAAAUAUCUUCUAGCAACUGGCUAUAUGACUGCAGCGGAUCUGAGGCAACUUCGACAGUUUGAUAAAUCUCCUGAAGAAUUACAUAACAUACUUUGUGAAAUAGACAAAGAACCUACUGCUUCAACCAUUGAGCUUCAAAGCCUAAUACAUGAUGUUGUUUCUCAACCCUGGCCACUGGUCAAACUUGCUUUCAUCACUGUGUCAACAAUGUUGGGUGAAGGUCCAGAGCGUGAUGAAAGACUCUCACAGACACAUUUACCACAUGACCUCAAACAACUUUUGAUGUUCCAAACUCCAGUUUCAUUACUUCCUGUUAGUGAAUGGCCGAAAAUGAAGAUUCGCUUUGAUCUUCGGGAUGGAAAAUGUCUGUCAAAUAUACACAACUUCUGGCCUUUUGAUGUUUUGUAUUCACAACUACGAUACAAACUUCAAAUUCUAAGAAACUAUACAGAAAACAGAAGCAACAAGUUUUCACUACACCACAGACGGCACCUAACAGAAGACUUUCUAAAAGCGGCGUUUGAUCUUAGAGGCAGAUGUGUCAGGUUAAACAAAGAUCAAAUACAAGAACUAGAGCCAUUAGUUGAAGAAUGUAUUAGUUCUAUAGAUGCCUGUAUUUACUAUCAUGGAAACACAUUUAAUGUUGAUAAAGGACCACAGUAUUUGGCUCUAAGGUCAGGGCUUCAGUUUAUGAUAGAAGACUUUGAAUCAUUACAAUUGGAAUACAGUGUAGGAUAUUCUGAAUUUACAGAAAACGUUGACUUUUUUACUGAACGUUUAAAAAACUGGCAGGAAAGUUUCGGAACUUUUUGUUUUUACGAAAACGUCACACACCGUGCUGAAGAUCUGCGAAAACCAGACGGGAUUCCUGAAGAGCAUACAUGGUGGUUUCCUACAGACUUUAAAUAA